AAAUAAUCAAAUUGAUCAAGAUUGCAGAUAAUAAUGAAUAAGUUUGACUUAGUCACAGCUCAAGAUGUCUACAGUUCCAAUUACAGGGCAGACAAUGAAUCGUCGACGGACGAAGAUGACUCCCAGAGUGAAAAUGAGAGUUCAGAUGAUGACGAUUUCAAAUCUCGGAUUGGGAAGAUUGCAACAAGAACCUCAGCACACGGGAAAGUGAGAAUAAGCGCAUCUCGGGAACCAAGGGAUGAUGAUGAUGAGGAUGGUAUGGAGGAGGAAGAUGAGUUUGAAGCCGAAAUGAAAAAAGAAAUGGAAGAAAGAAUGCUACAAGCUGAAAAGGAUGCAUCGAUAGCAAACAAUUCUAUUACCCUGGAGCCAGAUCUUCCAGAUGUUGAGGAUAUGGCGGAAGAUCCUGGAGGUUCAACCUCAUGUUCAGCUCGAGCUUCAGGUUCAGCCACAGAUCAGACAAAAUCUCAGGAGAAGUAUGACGACAUAUAUUUUGAUUCUGAUGAGGAGGGAGGGGAGGAUGGUGGAGGGGAUAAACGGAAGGUUCAAACUAAUGAAGAUCUUCUCUAUGAUCCAAAUAUGGAUGACGAUGAUCAGAACUGGGUGGAUGAUGUCAGACGAUCCUACCAGAUUCAAGACAAGAAUAAGGACAAGAGUAAGAACCCUAAACCGCUCCCCAACAGUGAUGCUGUACUAAACUGUCCAGCCUGCUUCACUGUUGUUUGUCUCGACUGCCAAAGACAUGAGCUCUACAAAACUCAGUAUAGAGCCAUGUUUGUGAUAAACUGUUCUGUGAUAACUGAUGAGAAACUAAAGAUACCGUUGAAGAAGCAAAAGGGGAAGAAGGGCAGAGUUAUAACACACCCAGACCAGGAGUACCAUCCUGUAAGAUGUGAUCAGUGUAAGACCGAACUAGCGAUGUACGACACUGAUGAAGUUUACCAUUUCUUUAAUGUUGUGGCCAGUCAUACCUAGUUUAAUCCAGUUCUACCUGAGCUAAUCCGUUUAGGUUAAUCGGAUUAACUUAAUUCGGUCAAACAUAGACUGGUGCUGGGAGACAGAAGAAGCAGGGUUUUGAAUCCUUUUUUUGACAAACCAGUGAUAUUUAUAUCGCCAUUUUUAAAAAAGUACAAAAGUUUUCAAUCAAUAAUAUCAGAUCAGUAGA